UGAAGAAAAAUGUCUCAAACACAAUAUAAAUCUCGUCGAAUCUUAUUUUUAUUUGUAAUUGCUGCAAUAUUAAGUUUUAUGUACCACACUUCAUAUACAAUUAACUACAUCAUCACGAACGAAAAUGGCGGAAAUUUCAAAAUUAAAAAUGAUUCACAUAUAAAUGAGACAGAAGACUCUCAGCUGGUACCAAUAAAUAUAGACUGGAAUACUCAAGUUUUACAAAAUACUGUUAUCUGUGGUAAAAAUAUUACCAGUGGAAAUUCCAAAAACGUAACUAAUAGAGAAAUUAAAGACGGGCUUUUAGAUUAUUUUCAAAAUUAUGAAAACGAAAAGAAUGAAUUGUGUCCAAGGAUUCCGCCUCAUCUUGGACCUGUGCCGGGUGAUAAAUCAAUUAUUGGAUUGUAUGGUAUUGAAAAUAUGCAUAUUGAUAUUGUAGUGGGCGGUAUACACUCACCCUCUGCGUGCAUUGCGAGACAAAACGCCGCGAUAAUUGUACCACUGCAUGAGACUAAUAAGCAUAUGCGAAAAUAUUUGAUAAGUUUUCUAUAUUACAUGCAUCCAUUUUUGAUGAAACAACAACUUGCCUACCAGAUAUUUGUUAUCAGCAAAUUAAAUUCAACGACUCCAUACAAGCGUGGUCAACUGUACAACAUUGGUUUUGAAGUGGCUCAAACGAAGCGAGCAGAGGGUUGGAUGUGCUUCAUAUUCCAUGACCCUCACUUGGUUCCUGAAGAUACGAGGAACCUGUACCGUUGUGGAAGCCGUCCUAAGAGACUCGUGGCAGAUACACGUAUGCCUCCAAGAUUUGGUGGUGCCAUUUCUAUUCAGCCGGAAAAAUUUACCAAAGCUAACGGAUUUUCAAAUCUUGCUUGGAAUGAUGAUGAUGAUUACAAAGAUAUGUAUCGAAGAUUGAUCGUAGCCAACAUAUCAUUAGAAUCGAAUAAGGCGCCAAUAGGAAAAUAUUCUUCCUUACCGUAUCUAAAGCAAACAAAUAACAUGACUGUAAGAAGAAAGCAAACAACACCAAGUCUUAAAAAAAUAAACGAAGGACUAAACAACAUUAAAUUAACGAUAAUGUCCAUAGAGUAUCACCAACUUUAUACAUUGUGGCGCCGAUUUACCUUUUUUGAUGUCCAUAAUAAUAUAGAUAAUGGAAAAAUUGCUGAGUGCCUACAGGACACUCAUGUUACAGUAGCUACUAGUGGAAAUAAUCAUGUCAUACUCUGUGACUUGACAGGCUGGGCCCACCUAAUCUCCCGUUCAUGGGAGAUCACAUCAUUCAAAGCAUAUGAACUCAUAAUAACACAUGCGCAUCAAUUGCCACAUGCUACUCUGUUGGUAACAAUAGGGGAGGAUGAAACCGGUGUAACUCCAUUAAUUAAAGUCUGGGAUUGGUCAAGGGUUGACCGGCAUGGGAACCCCAAAUGUGUGAGGACAUCAAGGGCUGUGCCCUCACAUAUGUUUCCCACUCCAGCCACAGCAUUAGCCGUACAUGAUAAUAAGAAUCUUCUAGCUGUAGGAUUUCAAGAUGGCUCUGUAUCACUGUUUCGUGGAGAUAUAGCAAGACAACGUGGUAAAAUGAAAACAUUGUCAGACACCGGUACAAGCCCCAUCACAGGACUUGCUUUCAAGGACACUGAUAAAUUGUUCAUAGUAUCCCGCAAUUGCAUUAUGGUGUCCUAUGUGAAUAGUGAAAAAUGUGUGGUCCUUGACUCUAUGGGAGCAGUGGCUGGCUGCAGUGUAUUGGCUGAUAGGCAUAGACUCACUGUUGCUACAAGUGAGGCAAUAUACUGCUAUACUACCGAAGGUCGUGGUCCCUGCUACGCUUUAGAAGGCGAAAAGCUCCGCCUUAACUGGUUCCGUAGUUACCUCGUGAUCACCACAAGCGAAACCUCCACGAAGCCGUCCGGCUCGUCCACCACGCCCAAGUCCCAUCACGUCACAAUUCUAGACAUACAAAACAAAUUCAUCGUCUUCUCGAAGACAUUCGAGGAAAUCGAUGCAGUUUUGACAGAAUGGGGAUCAUUCUACAUUCUAACGAAGAAAAAGGAAAUGAUAUAUUUGGAUGAGAAGGAUCUACAGUCGAAGUUGUCUUUGCUAUUCAAAAAGAAUCUAUAUGAUGUUGCGAUAAGGAUCGCUAGUAGCCAGCAUUAUGAUGCGGAGGGCCUGACGGAGAUAUAUAAGCAAUAUGGGGAUCAUUUGUAUAGCAAGGGAGACCUUAAAGGCGCAAUAUAUCAGUACGUAAAAACGAUUGGUUGGCUCGAGACGUCUUAUGUUAUACGGAAAUAUUUGGAGCCGAGACACUUGGAGCCGCUCAUACAAUAUUUAGAAGAAUUACAUAAAAAGGGUUUUGCCACAGAAGACCAUACUACUCUGUUACUGACAUGUUACGUCAAAAUAGAUCAACACGACCAACAAGGGAAGUUAAAACUCUUCAUCAACUCUAAGGACAAGGCCAUAGACUUUGACGUGGAUGUAGCUAUAAAGGUAGUACGUCAAGUAAGCAUAGACGAUGCCCUCUCAUUAGCAGCGAAUCAUAACAGACACGAUUGGUAUCUCAAAAUGAUGAUUGAAGACAAAAAAGAAUUUAAACAAGCACUCGACUAUAUAGCGGAGUUAGAAUUCGACGAUGCCGACUGCUAUAUGAAGAAAUACGGCCAUAAAUUGAUACAACAUGAGCCGGAAGAGAGUACGGAGUUGUUAAAACUAAUGUGUACAGACUACAAACCACGUAGUAAACCAUUAGUUGACGAAUCGUCGCUUGUUGGUAGAUAUAGGGAACCCGAUCGAUCUACACCUGACGACUUUAUUCACAUGUUCCUUAGUAACUCAGAGAAACUGAUCAUCUUCUUGGAACACAUGAUAUCAACAGAUGUCAAAUGCUCUACCCUUGUUUUUGAUGCCCUGAUUGAACAUUAUAUUCAUGUAUGGGCAAAAUCACCCAACAGUGAAAAAGUUUUAUAUGAACAGAAAAUACUGAGUGUGCUCAAGGAACCAGAGUCGAACUAUGAUAAAGACCACACCCUGAUCAUCUGUCAAAUGUUGGGAUUCAAAGCUGGCAUAUUGCAUCUGUAUGAAGAGAAGAAAUUAUGGCGUGCUCAAGUGUCCCUGCACAUGCGCAGUGGUGAAGCCGAUUUCGCGCUGGCGGUAUGUCGAAGACGUGGCGCGGUUUGUCCUCGUCUGUGGUUGGACGUUCUAUGGACGCCGCCCCCGCCUCGAUGUUUGCCUGAUUUAUUGCAUGUUGUUGCGACUGAAAAGCUGAUGUCACCAAUACUAGUGGUAGACUGCUUAGCGAGCACGCCUACGUACACGCUCGGGGACGUUCGAAAAUACCUAAUGGACGUUCUCAAAUCGGAAGAUGAAGUUAUAACCCGCGAGCAAGAGUUGGCCACGAAAUAUAAGAAAGAGAUUGAGAAUAUGAAAGCUCAUAUACAGGUGAUCCAGCAUGAACCAGUGACAUUCCAGUCUUCCAGAUGUGCAGCCUGCAAUCGACCUCUAGAACUGCCCACUGUACAUUUCCUCUGCCAACAUUCCUAUCACCAAGAUUGCUUCCAAACGUAUAGCGAAACGGAAAGGGAGUGUCCUGCCUGUGCGGCGCCUUCCCGAAGACCGGAGGCUUUACCCCACGCGGCCGAAGCCCUACAUUCGAGAUUGCAGCAGCAACACGAUCCAUUUGCAGUGGUCUCAGAAUACUUCGGUAGAGGUCUAUUCAAUAAGGUGACUGUUGUGACUGAGGCACCCACGCCCAGUCCGCCACAGUCCAGUUCAGUCUCUGAGGCUGCGACACUCUCCUAUGGACCAGGUGCUGAGGCUAAACUGAGACUACAGGAGGGGCAAAGCAAGCAAAUUUUCGUCUCCAACACGGCAAAGCAAAUACCCCCUAAAGGCUCAUCAAUCGUUCCAGUACCGGAAGGUCGUAUGCGCGUCCUCGAACAGCAGAAAUACAGUUCGAGCCUCGAAGCACAUUUAACCCGCUUGGAACCGGUACACGUUCAGAAAGAUAGAGAAUCACCAAUCUCUAGCGCAAUUUCCAACGGCAACCCUUUUGAGGAAUAUGACGAAACUAAAAAUCCAUUUUCAGAAGAAAGCGAUCCAACAAAUCCAUUUGAGAAUGAUGAUUAUGAUAAAAAUUUAAACCCUUUUGCGUCGUGAAAAAGGAAUUUCCAGAAAUUAGCUGCUUCAGAACAUAAAAACACGGUCCAAUUGCAAGUUCACUAACUCUUUUCAUAAGCAUAAGACACAAUUUGACAAAAAGAGACUUUAAAAGAGUGCAAUGAGAUUGUUUUUAUACGGUCCGUGCGUCCGUCUCAACGACGGGCGUUGACCAAAGGUCACAUGACCACGGUUAGCUAAUCACCAUACAAUAUUCAAUUUUAUUUAUGUUUAAUAAACUGCCUUAAGAACUGUUAUUAGUGUUAUUAGUGUUUAUUAACCUUUAAAAAAUUUGUCAACAUCUUUUACAAAUACAUUUCAAAUUUUUAUUACAGCUGUUUUACGUUCAUAAUAUCCGUACAAUAAUAAGUGUAUUCUCACUGUUUGGCGCAUGCCUGAGAAUAACUUGUUUACAACGAUCAAAAAUGUAUAGAAAAUUAUAUUUUUUAUUAUUAUUUUAAAUAUAAGUUAUCAAUCUAACUGACAUAUUUAUUGUUACGGUGAGAUCUCAACUGUAUUGAGUUAUUGUUCCAGUAAGUUAUUUUAUACUAGUUUUAAGUAAUUGGUACU